AUGGGUGGAGGAGCCUCAAAGAAUUCAUUUCGACAUUACCUUGAGGAAAGAGAACAUCCUUUUCAGAGCCGAAACGAGAGAAUUCAUGCCGUAUUAGCAGCCUCCAGAUAUCGAGCUCCUCCUUCUUCGUCGCAAACAACCUCUCAUGAGGUGGCUAUCUUGCAGAAGGGUAAAAUCCUCACUAAGGAUACACCUCAUCAUGAUGCGGAUUUAUCCCUCUCAAAGCAACCCAAUCCUAACAAGGAAGAGGAAGAAGCAACAAGGUCCUCUCCGAGAAGAAUCAACACCCUCCCUGUCAAAGAAACCAAGAAAUUCUUCAAAAAACCCUCUCCUUACUCCUCAGAGCCGUUAUUUUCGUGGUUCAAGAAGAAGCAACGACCCGCAAAGAAAACCUUCCCGAUUUCAGCCAUCAAUGAGAAGGGAGUGAUUGUGGAUGAGGCCAGUGUUUGGCACAAUGCUCGAAUAUGGGUCUCUAAUCCCGAUGAGACUGAAACGAGUGUGGUAGAUGCCAUGAGCGUUCAUAUGACUCACACUCAAUCCAGUGAUUCGCUUGGCUCCAAUGAGGAGCAGCCAACGCAGACAACAAUGAACUCUGUUUCUCCUGUGGGAAGCAUCAAGGCCGUGCAAGAACCUAUCGCACAAAACGAUAGCUCUGACAACAACAACCUCCCUUCGACUUUAAAUGUAAAUAAUAAGAAUGUGAAUUCCAUUGAAAAUCUAUCAAUGAUGAUUCAAACAGCACCUCCAACUGUUCAACACUCUCGUGACAAUUCCAAAACCAUUCGCUCGCCAAGAUCUUUAACGAGUUCUCAACCUUCCUCAAACAAAAACGAACCUAACAGUGCCCACCAGAACGUUGGACAAGAGUCUGUUUCAUCUUCAAAACAUCUCCGAUCGCAAAGAACUGGCAGAAUUAUUUUACCCACCAACAACAACCAGAGCAAGGCACCCUUAGAAAGAAACAGGAGCAGCAGUUUGCCAAAUGAUUUGUUUCCAAUACAACCCAAAAGAAGCGGACUGUGA